UGAAGAUGUGUACUCGUCGUUGUCAAUGAACUUUUUCAUCUCGUGAUGAGGAUGUAACGUCUCGAAUGAAGAGUCAUCUUUUACUCUGCUGCCCCCAGAUGGAUGCGAGACCUAUCACAGACACGAACGCACAGUGGGCAGGUCGAGGCCAUCACUGUGGAGCCGCAGGGCGAUGCUUGGCUGUGGGUGGAUGAGUCUCCUCUCAAGAUCAAGAAGAAUUGUGGGCCACUCCCAGAAGCCUUAAAGUCGUGCAUUGACCAGAUGCGAGGAGAAAAAGCCACACCCGCAAAAAUCCGGGGACAGAUAAAGAAAGUCCUAGACGAGCAUAAAAAGGCUGAGGAAGAAAAACUGGAACGAAGCGCAGGAGGACUAUUUCUGCCAUGA